UCCUAGAUUCCUACUUAUUGAGUAGAAUUUGUCAAAAACUAAUUCAUUUUUUAAAACCCUAGUGGGUGGGCUGCCUAAUCAUUCAUAAUUCUCCUCCUUACACGCUAACCAUCUGAUGCGAUCUUCAUAGUCAUCAGUCGGCUGCUGAGUAUCUAUCUAUCUAUCUUAUCCGAUCACUUUCUCUUCCUCGUCAAUUGGUAGAGGGUUGUCGUUGUUCUUCGCAGGAAUGGGAGAAUUGGUUGGACCUCGUCUGUAUAGCUGCUGUAAUUGUCGCAAUCAUGUUUCCCUUCACGACGAUAUCGUCUCUAAAGACUUUCAAGGAAAACAUGGUAGAGCCUUCCUGUUCUCUCAUGCGAUGAACAUAGUGGCUGGUCCGAAAGAGGACAGGCACUUGACGACUGGUCUUCACACUGUGGCUGAUGUAUAUUGUGUGGAUUGUCGAGAGGUUUUGGGAUGGAAAUACGAGAGGGCUUAUGAGGCUUCACAGAGGUACAAAGAAGGGAAAGUAAUACUAGAAAAAUCUAAGAUUGUAAAGGAGAAUUGGUAGUAGUAGUAGUAGUUUCCUUAUAUUCCUCCAUUGCUAAUUAAUGUUGAUUUGUGCUGUCAAUAAUGGUUCAUUAUCAUUAUCAUCAUAAUCUUCUGUAUAGAAACUCCAGGCAGCAGACUCUUUAUCUCAUUUGAAAUAUAUCAUUUAUCUCUGUUCCUACU